AUGGCGCACGCUGGGAGAACAGGGUAUGACAACCGGGAGAUCGUGAUGAAGUACAUCCACUAUAAGCUGUCGCAAAGGGGAUACGAGUGGGAGGCCGGCGACUUGAGCGCCGCGUCCCCCGGGGUCACCCCGGAGCCAGGACUCCUCUCCUCUCCUCCCGCUGCGCUCCGGGGUCCGGCCGCCAGGACCUCGCCGCCCCUGGCCGCCCCUGCCGCGCAGCCGGCGCUCAUCCCGGUGCCACCUGUGGUCCACCUGACCUUGCGCCAGGCCGGAGACGACUUCUCCCGGCGCUAUCGCCGCGACUUCGCGGAGAUGUCGAGCCAGCUACACCUGACCCCCUUCACCGCAAGGGGGCGCUUUGCCACGGUGGUGGAGGAGCUCUUCAGAGACGGGGUGAACUGGGGGCGCAUUGUGGCCUUCUUUGAGUUCGGUGGGGUCAUGUGUGUGGAGAGCGUCAACCGGGAGAUGUCGCCCCUUGUGGACAACAUCGCCCACUGGAUGACGGAGUACCUGAACCGGCACCUGCACACCUGGAUCCAGGAUAACGGAGGCUGGGAUGCAUUUGUGGAACUGUACGGACCCAGCAUGCGGCCGUUUUUUGAUUUCUCCUGGCUGUCUCUGAAGACUCUGCUCAGUCUGGCCCUGGUGGGAGCUUGCAUCACCCUGGGUGCCUACCUGGGGCACAAGUGA